GAAAACGGGAGUUUUUAUUCUAUAAUCUGUAUAAAAUCGUGUUCUUUUUUUUUCGAAAAAAUGGAUGGCACUCUUGUACUUAUUUUAUUAGUUUUGGUUAUGUUAAUAGGCUCGUAUGUAGCUGGAAGUAUACCGUUAAAUGUAAAUAUGUCAGAGGAUAAACUCCAAAAGGUAACAGUAUUCGGAGCUGGUCUUCUAGUUGGUACAGCAUUAGCAGUGAUAAUACCAGAAGGCGUCCGGUCGCUGUUCAGUGACAGACCCUUACCGACUGUGACCAAAGAUUAUACAGCUGAGCCACCAGGGCAUGAUGAUGACCUGCAUUCUGUUAUUGGCAUAACUUUAGUGCUUGGUUUCGUAUUUAUGUUGUUAGUUGAUCAAUUGUCAUCGAGGUACAACGAUCAGAGUAAUCCAAUUGAAAAGAAUGUCACCGCUACUGUCGGAUUAGUUGUGCACGCUGCAG